UUCUGUUUCCAAAAUACUUUGUAUCGAUACUGGAUCCAAGAAGGAUCAUUUCUCUGCUUAGCUUUAAAAUUUAAACGAGCCACAAUUAUACGUCAAUCGCUUCGCAUAGUAAUAAAGUGUAAUAAAGUAUAGACUACGUUAUAUAUAUAUCGACGUAUAACGAUAAUGCCUACUUCCUUGGUUGAAAUAACAGAGACGGAAAUGUUCGUACCUGAAAGUGAAGCACUUGCUAAACGUCUACAAGAUGGACUUAGGCAACAUUUUGCAGAGGCCACAGUUGAAUGGGUCAAUUGUCCGGAUCUGACUCAAGAACCUUUUAAUCUUGCCGCAUCAGGAUUAUGUGGUGAUGCGGUACUUUUAGAAAUUGGUAGUAUCUCGCAACUGUUUCCACGCCCGCGAGUGAUGUUCAAUUAUCAUUUCAAAGAUAUCUUAAAAGAACUUUAUAAUAACUACAAUAAUGUCUUGGUAAUCGGAGCAGGUAUUGGUUUACGACAAUCAAAUCAACAAUUAGGCGAGCUUUUUGUGAACGCGUCAUUCUCAGGCUCACGAGCAACUGGAAAUUCAUUGAAACUCAAAAAUCAAAGCCGCCUGGCAUUUCUAGAUCAAGCAACGGGAAAGUGUGCAUUGGAAUCAAUAACUGAUAAUUGCAAUCUUGCUUGCUAUCCACAUGGCAACUUUUUUAUUAGCGAAGGAAAACCGGGAAAGGUUCUUAAAGUGCAGGCUAAGAACUGCACUGGUCUUCAUUUUUUAACAGCAAUGCAGUGUACACUUUCUCAAUACUCUGUUGAUAUUACUCCUAAAUUGGUUGGCUUAGGUGGUACAUUUGUGAUGAAAAAUGGAAGAGCCAGACACCACGUCAUGCCAUAUUCUUGGAAUGAUAAAUUAAAAACGGCGAGGAAUAUUCAUAAUUGGCUUCAUUAUUGUGACUUAGACGCACCUUUAAUAGCAGUUGGCACGCUUAUUAGCGAUAGCUCUUAUUAUGAAAAAUCCUGUCAACGUGCUGGUAAAAAUGGAUAUGGGCUUACUCAAAGCCAUUUCCACGCCUAUUCUUCUAAUAGAGUAGGUGGACACUUUCACACGGAAAUCCAACCAACGAAUGCGGAGUAUUUGGGAUAUUUUCAUCCUGCGAAAAUGUUUUAUCAUAUGGAUCCACAACCUAGAUACGAUGGACUGCAAGACUUUACCGAUAUAAUGUUAUACUGGUGACCAACUGACAUUGUUCGAAUUCGAUUUUAAUUAGACCAGUAAUGGCGAUAGCGAUAGCAAUAGGCGAUAUCUAACGAGAGCAUUGCUUUUUCGAAAAAGCAGUGCUCUCAUUGGAUACUGCCUAUCGCUAUCGCUAUCGCCUAGCAUUGUGCGAUAGGCUUAAUGGUAAUACGAUUUAUGCGUUGUUUAUAUCUAAAAAUUUAAUGUUAAUUUAUCUCUUUUCUUAUAAUAUCUUAUGUAUUUUUUUAUUAUUAUUCUUAAUUUUAUUUUUUUUUAAUCUAGAAAAAAUAGGCAUUGUGUAUUUAUAGCUAUAGCUUGAUAAAAUUCCAGUUUUUACAUUAAAUUUAAAACGAUGUGAUAUUAAAUAUAAAAAUUUG